GUCGCCGCUCUACGUCAGUCAGGCUGGGCCCCGCCUCCGCCGUGCCGGUUCUUCGACAACUCGGGCCCCGGUGAGGCCCCGCCCUCUGCCAACGUCACUGCCCCGCGUCCCCUCCCCGGUGCUGUGGGUGAGGUCAGUGCCGCGCGCCUGUCAACCCAGGCUCUCCCUCCCGCUCGUGCUGGUCUGUAAUCCAGGCCGCGCUGCAGAAGGAGGCGCUGCUCUUGCAAGGCGCUUCUGCCUCCCGCUCGCCCGGUCCGUGCUGCCCCGUGCUCUGAGGCUAUGGAGCUGGCGGACGGCGUGGUGUACCAGGAGGACCCGGGCGGCCCCGGCCCGGCCAUGAUGUCGGAGCGGGUGUCGGGGCUGGCGGGCUCCAUCUACCGCGAGUUUGAGCGGCUCAUCGGGCGGUAUGACGAGGAGGUGGUGGCCGAGCUGAUGCCGCUGGUGGUGGCCGUGCUGGAGAACCUGGACUCCGUCUGCGCCCACAGCCAGGAGACCAGCGUGGAGCUGGAGCUGCUGCGGGACGACAACGAGCAGCUCCUCACCCAGUACGAGCGGGAGAAGGCGCUGCGUAAGCAGGCCGAGGAGAAAUUUAUUGAAUUUGAAGAUUCUCAAGAACAAGAAAAAAAGGAUUUGCAGAUAAGAGUGGAAGCUUUAGAGUCACAAACACGGCAGCUUGAACUGAAAGCAAAAAACUACGCUGAUCAAAUUAGCAGGCUGGAAGAGAGGGAAGCAGAAUUGAAGAAGGAAUACAAUGCUCUUCAUUCAAGACAUACAGAGAUGAUUCAUAAUUAUAUGGAACACUUGGAAAGAGCCAAGCUUCAUCAACUGACAGGGGGUGAUCAGCUAGAGCCCAUUAUGCUCAGUAGAAUUAGCAGAAAGGAACGUCCUAUAUCACUGGGCAUCUUCCCACUACCUCCAGGAGAUGCACUGCUUACACCUGAUACUCAGAGGGGAACAGUAGAAACACCUGGGUCAGAUAAUUGGAAGUUCCAUGAAUUAAGUCAGCCACGCUCCCACACCAGCCUAAAGGAUGAACUUUCUGAUGUUAGCCAAGCAGGUUCCAAAUCGACUACGCCAGCCUCAACUGCUGCUUCAGAUGUGCUUGCACCUGCUGAAACUCCCCUGAAUGAAGAUAAUGAAGGGCUUAUGAAGAACUCUGAUAAAGGGAACAAACAAUCAGAUAUAAGCAAGCACAUUGAAGUGCAGGUAGCUCAAGAAACAAGAAGCGUGUCCAUCGGUUCUAAUGAAAAUGAAGACAAAUCGGAAGUCCAGGCAAUCAUUGAAUCAACUCCAGAGUUGGACAUGGAUAAAGAUCUUAGUGGAUAUAAAGGUUCAAGCACUCCUACCAAAGGCAUAGAGAACAAAGCAUUUGAUCGGAAUACAGAAUCGCUCUUUGAAGAGUUGUCCUCUGCUGGCUCGGGUCUGAUUGGGGAUGUGGAUGAAGGAGCAGAUUUGCUGGGGGAAUAUUCUGACCAUAAUUUCUUUGGAAUGGGUCGUGAAGUUGAAAACCUUAUUUUAGAAAACACGCAACUGCUAGAAACCAAAAAUGCCUUGAAUGUGGUGAAGAAUGAUUUAAUAGCAAAAGUAGACGAACUAACUUGUGAGAAGGAUGUACUGAAAGGAGAACUGGAAGCUAUAAAGCUAGCUAAACAAAAGCUUGAAGAGAAGAAUAAGGAAUUGGAAGAAGAACUUAGAAAAGCCCGAGCGGAAGCAGAAGAAGCAAGGCAAAAAGCAAAGGAAGAGGAUGAUAGUGAUAUUCCUACUGCUCAGAGGAAGCGUUUCACUCGGGUGGAGAUGGCUCGUGUCCUUAUGGAAAGAAAUCAGUAUAAAGAGAGGCUGAUGGAGCUCCAAGAAGCUGUGCGAUGGACUGAGAUGAUACGGGCGUCAAGAGAAAAUCCAGCCAUGCAAGAGAAGAAGAGGUCAAGCCUUUGGCAAUUUUUUAGCAGGCUAUUCAGCUCAUCAGCCAACACUGCUAAGAAGCCAGAACCCCCAGUUAAUGUUAAGUACAAUGCUCCAACCUCACACAUUACUCCAUCCGUCAAGAAAAGAAGCAGCACUUUAUCUCAACUACCUAGUGACAAAUCGAAAGCCUUUGACUUCCUCAGUGAAGAGUCUGAGGCCAGUCUUGCCACGCGCAGAGAGCAGAAGAGAGAACAGUACCGCCAAGUGAAAGCACAUGUUCAGAAGGAAGAUGGUAGAGUGCAGGCCUUUGGUUGGAGUCUUCCUCAGAAAUACAAACAGGUCAUAAAUGGUGGUGGCCAGGGUGAUAGCAAAAUGAAGAACUUACCUGUGCCUGUUUACUUGAGACCACUUGAUGAAAAGGAUACAUCCAUGAAGCUGUGGUGCGCUGUAGGAGUCAACUUAUCGGGAGGGAAGACGCGAGAUGGAGGUUCCGUGGUUGGUGCCAGUGUGUUCUACAACGACGUUGCCUCUUUAGAUGCAGACAGCAACAAACAGAGAAGUGCAUCUCAGAGUAGUUUGGAUAGAUUAGAUCAAGAACUCAAGGACCAGCAGAAAGAGCUGAGAAAUCAGGAAGAGCUAUCAAGUCUCGUUUGGAUCUGUACUAGUACCCACUCCGCUACAAAAGUUAUCAUUGUAGAUGCUAACCAGCCAGGAAACAUCCUAGAUAGUUUCAUUGUUUGCAAUUCUCAUGUACUUUGUAUAGCUAGCGUACCAGGUGCUAGGGAAACUGACUAUCCUACGGGAGAAGAAGGAUCCCAGGAGCCAGACUCUGGUGUAGUAGACAAAUCAUCUUUGUGUGGCAGUGUGAACAGUAACAGCUCAACAGAAACAGACAGUCUCUUAGGAGGAAUCACAGUGGUUGGUUGUACUGCAGAGGGUAUUACAGGGCCUCCUGCUACCCACAGUGCCAAUGGUGCCUCCCCUGAGACGAAUAAAACACCAGAUGUUGCCGCUGAAAAUGAUGCAGUAGAUGAGAAUGUCCAAACAGCAGAGGAAGCAACAGAGGCAACAGAAGUCAAUCCUGGCUCAGGGGAAGAAGUAGUGGAUGUUGCCCAAACUGGAGUCUACACAGAGCACGUCUUCACGGAUCCUUUGGGCGUUCAGGAUACUGUAGAGAGCUCUCCAGCAUACCAGCCCAGCAAUGAAUCAGACUUGUAUAAAGAUGUUGCUGUAUUGCCCAAUGAACAAGAUCUUGUAAGAGAAGAAGCACAGAAAAUGAGCAGCCUUUUACCAACUAUGUGGCUUGGAGCACAGAAUGGAUGUUUAUAUGUUCAUUCUUCAGUGGCCCAGUGGAGGAAGUGUGUUCAUGCAAUUAAACUUAAAGAUUCUAUACUCAGUAUCGUACAUGUAAAAGGAAUAGUAUUAGUUGCACUAGCGGAUGGAACUUUAGCAAUAUUUCACAGAGGAAUAGAUGGGCAGUGGGAUUUGACCAACUAUCAUCUUCUAGAUCUGGGCAGACCUCACCAUUCAAUCCGGUGUAUGACUGUGGUACAUGAUAAAGUCUGGUGUGGUUACAGGAAUAAAAUUUAUGUGGUUCAGCCAAAAGCCAUGAAAAUAGAGAAAUCAUUUGAUGCACACCCAAGGAAGGAAAGCCAGGUGAGACAGCUGGCUUGGGUGGGAGAUGGAGUAUGGGUGUCGAUUCGUUUAGACUCCACACUUCGCCUUUAUCACGCACACACAUAUCAGCAUCUGCAGGAUGUCGACAUUGAACCCUAUGUAAGCAAAAUGUUAGGUACCGGAAAACUGGGAUUUUCAUUUGUGAGAAUUACAGCUCUUAUGGUAUCCUGUAACCGUUUGUGGGUUGGAACAGGAAAUGGUGUCAUCAUUUCCAUACCAUUAACAGAAACUGUAAUCCUCCACCAGGGACGUUUACUGGGGCUGAGGGCUAACAAAGCAGCAGCAGGUUCUGGCAACCGUCCAGGCAGUGUAAUACGUGUCUAUGGUGAUGAAAACAGUGACAAAGUGACGCCUGGGACGUUCAUACCUUACUGUUCAAUGGCACAUGCACAGCUUUGUUUCCAUGGGCAUCGUGACGCUGUCAAAUUCUUUGUUGCAGUACCUGGCCAAGUUAUUUAUCCUCAGACGGGAAGCGGCCCAGAACUGUUAGGUGAUAGAGCUACACUUUCUGCACAAGAACCAAACAGCCAGGCUCCCUUAAAAUCGAUGUUGGUGAUAAGUGGAGGAGAAGGGUACAUUGACUUCAGGAUGGGUGAUGAAGUUGGUGAAUCUGAACUCCUUGGAGAGGCACUGCAACUUGAGCCUUCUGUAGCCAAAGCUGAGAGGAGCCACCUGAUAGUGUGGCAAGUUAUGUGUGGCAGUGAAUAGCCCACUCCCACUUGCCAGGAAAGUGGCUUGAGACUGCAAAGCUUUUGCAUGUCUUUGGUUUUGGUUUUUAUUUUUUUGAACCCAUUUCACUACAUACAGUUUGAGCAUUUCUUUGCCACUUGACUUUAUAUCACAAACCUUGACAAUACAGGAAUUAGCUUGUGCUGUUUUACUGCAUCAGUGCUAUGUAACAAGAAAUCUGUUUCUCUAGUCACAUGCUGUGUGUUAUCUCCCAAAUGCAGCUUCCUGUACCCACCACUAGAUUUUAGAAGAGUUAAUUUUCUUUGACACUGUCACUUUCUCCCACAAAACGUGUUUAAAUGUUAGAACAUCUUCAGUUCAUCUGCACAUCACUUAAGUAAAACAGCAAAGUUACUUCCUGUGUAGUAUCUCAAAAAUAUCAGAUGAAUUAUACUCAAGUUACACUCUGUGUAUUCUGUGAGGGCUAAAAUAAGCUGCAAGUUCAUUUCCUUUUCAUUUCUAAAUUCUACCAGUCUUGUUACCUUGGUGUAUUUGAUUUCCGUUGUUCAUAUCAAGAUCCCUGAGAUUAAGAAGAGAUUAUAUAGGAAUACAUUGAUAAUCAAAGUUUUUAAUUGCUAAUAGCACUAAAGAUUAGAAGAAGUACUGCCCUUAAUAAUGAGAAUUGUGAUAUUUUGUGGGAAGAAUCCUUUCCCACUCCAUACUUGAGAUUACUUGGGAACAUCUUGAUUAAUCUCAAAGGACAUUCUUAGACAGGAUGAUUUUCAAACUCCUUGUUAGGAGUGUGCAUAGACUGUUGGAUGUGUUUCAGUCUGAAUUCAGUUGGAAUUCGGACUGAACCGCACCAAAGCAAACCUGUUUCAUCGAACCCAUUGGCUGGGCCAGUCAGCUCAAUGAACCAGGUCAAAGCAGUUUGCAAUCGAACUGCUUGAACCAGCCUGGUUCAUGGUGGUCUGGUUCGCAAGCAAACCAGUUCUGCACAUUCCUACUCCUUUGUAUGCUCCUUGAGCACAAGUAAGGUUACAUUUUGCACACCUUGGAUCUUAGAUCCCAGCUAGUCAAAUUCCUGGCACUCUUUGUAGGAAGAUUCAGUCAGGGAGAUAACCAGCCUCUCACUGCUCAAGUGAUUGCAGUGGGCGUGGGGAAUCUGCCCUAAAUAGCUAUUAAAAGCUCAAUAUUUUUCUUAGCCCUUCCAACUAGUAAAAUUAUAUAUGGUAUUUUUCUCCUGGAGACUGAAUAAGUAGGAUAAUUGCAGAUCAUUUGGUUUGGUGUCAUCAUUAAUGUUAACUGAAUAAUUCCCACAUUAUAUGAAGUGUGGGAGUCUGUCCCUGAGGAAACUGAGAAAUAACUUCACACAAUUUGGUAAGCGCUGGAGAGAAUGUCCCCCUUUUUUACAGAUUACCCAGUUGAUGGCAAAACUAUGUUGAAUGCUACAUUGUUAAUUCCUUCUAUGUCAUUCCCAACUUCAGUUCAUUUCUUGGAAAGUAUGAAUUAAACAUUAACAUUCAGCUAGUACCCACCAAGAGAUGGGGGCUAUUCCCAUUAGAUGGGAGCAGAUGAUAUUAUGUGGCAGAACGGAGGAGUUUAAAACAUGAACAAAAACAAAAAUGGUCUUGAAAAACUGCCUAAACAUUUUUAUGCAAUAGGAGCAGUUUGUGAUCUGUCAAGGAAACAUGUAUUUAUAUAUAUAUACAUAUAUACAUACAUAUUAAUUUUUUAAAAAUAUGUUAAGCUGAGGUCUAUUGUGUAAAUAUUUAUUUAGGCAGCUUUUAAAAAAAUGUGCAUCUUACCUGAGAAAAAUCAGUAAAACUCCAUUCAGGUCUAUCAGUUAUAGAUUUAUAUGUAAAAAUACUUUUUACGCAACAUAUUUUGUACAUAACUGAUAAGUUCUGGUAAGUAUGUAUUUAGACCAUGAAAUGUGUGGUUAAGAAUUAUUGAAUGUCUAAUACCUUGGUAAUUAGAUUUUUUUUUGUUCCUCUAAUAUGCCAAAUGCAACGAGUAAUCAGUUUACUCUAAAAAUAUUCAACUUGACUGAACUGUUAAAAAAAAUUAAGAAUGAAUCCCAAGCUAAAAGUUCUGUGAAGAAUCGAGAUAAAAAUUUGACUGCUUUUGUUUUUUGAGAAAGCAAACUUCCUCUUUCUCUUGCUUUUCUCUCAAUAUCGGCUUGUUUAAAAACAAAUUUGGUAAGGGUGUUGAGGAAAAAUUAGUCAAAAGUUUCACUGCAUGUGCCUAGUGCGGUGCACAGGAUUGUUGCCAAGAUAUUUAGAUUCUACACUGCCCUAUCAGCUGUAGAGGCCGCUUGUAAUGUUGGGUGUCCAAAUGAAAUGCUCACUACCUCUCCAUAGUUGUGUGAGCCCAUUAUUCUGAGUCCUACCCCUUUUGUUGGCCCCUCCAAAUUCCUAAUGGUGUUUUGGCAUGCCUUUUUGAAAAAUCUCCUUCAGAUUUUUCCUGAGGUGGUUGCAUUGUCACAUGCACGUUCUUGAAAAUGGAUCCAAGAGGGGUUUUUUUUAGCUGUGACUUAAUUUAAAAUGAUUAAUGAGCUAUUGCUCUGAAGUGCUUCACUGCUCUCUGACAGAUGCAUCUGGUCAGCAUGUUAAUGACUUGCCAGGUGUAUUGGGUAAACUGUGCCAUUCUGUUCUCUUUGGAUCAACUGCAGUUCACAGUGGAAGAGAGAAGAGUCCAGCAGCGGCUUCAGCACUAUUGUCUGUGCAAGUGAGGGGUUGGCACAUAUUUUGCUGUCCUUAUUAAUUAUUAAAGGUCCUUAAGAAAUAGUAGGUUUAGAAGGUGGGUGUCAUCACCAUUCACUGAGACUUAUACACUCCCUGUUCCAGAGCACUUUUAAGGGUAGGUGGCAAAACUUGCUAAACUUCAUGCAACUGCCUGAAAAACCAAUCCUAAGAAUGUCUUCUGUAUCACAUCCUCAUAGUUCUAAAAUCAGGAGUAGGAAUGAACCUCUUGAUGAUUAGCAGCUUUGUUAAUAGUUCAAGAGCAUUUCGAGCACAAAAAUAUGCAGCACAUGAUUUGUCUGGGUAAAUGUGUCUUGCAUGGUAAAAAGUCAAUUUGAAAUUUCUGUAUCCUGCCAUAAUGUUCAUUUAUUGUAAGGUCUUCCUGCGUUGGAUCAGUUAGAGCUGGCAGAGUGUAGACACUUUAUCAUAGGCUGCCUUAGUAACUAAGAAAUGUUUUAUAAUCUUCUAAUAUGCUAACUGUUCUAAAGAACAUGGUGUCUUGAAGAUAAUAUGUAACUGAAUAUUUAUUUCCAUGUGAGUAUUAUGAAAGUUACCAAAGGAUUGAAACUGACUUGGCACUCUUGCAAUUGACCCUGUGCAUAUAGGAACUUGUAAAGAUCCUAAAUUUUAAAAAUGACACAGAGUGAAAAACACACUGAAUUGUGGAUGCUUACUUUGUUUUCCUAACAGGGUUAUGCUAUAUUGUAACAACCUAUGUUGCACCUCAAAACGUUGUUCUAUAUACUAAACAUUUUCCCUCCCCUCUAACAAACUUCAUUGCUGCACAUUUCUCAAUCUUUUAAACAUGUUUUAAAACAUUUUAUGGUCUUUAAUUUUUUGAAAAUGUUGUCUAGACACUUUACGCUGAAUUUUACUUGGCUCUAUAACCUUGAGAUGGAUACUGCAGCGUUAAACUUGCUGUCUGUUUAAAACUUGAGGCUUCUUUUCUGUGAGCCAGAAAGCUCAUAUAGCAGUGAAGUUAUUUCAGUAUUUAUUAUUGAAUCCUUGGGGGUUCAGAAUGUAACUUUGUACAUGAAAUAUAUAUAAAUAUGUAUAUGAAACGCA